AAUACAUCAACAAAUCCUUUCUCUAUCGCUUUUUGCUUCUUGGCCUUCUUCACUUCACAACUUUCAAAAACUAAAUCGUCUAUCGCGAAACAGAGUCUCAUUGUCGGCUCUUUUCAGCAAACGCCUAUCAACCUUCUCAUUGCAAAGAGCGUGUACUGUAAAACAUGACGACCGAUUUGAGGUCUUUAGAAUCUGUACUGAGUAAGCAUGGUUACAUUCAUAGCUGGAAGCUAUUCAAACAGAAAUCAGCCACCCCUGCCUUGGACCGUCGUGCGACGAAUGACUCAACCGACGCCCUUCAGGCUCUGUUGGAGCACCCAGUCUGCCAAACAGUAGACAUCGUGGUCGAUGGUUGCCGCAGAUAUCGAACGCCUGCACAAUAUCAAUUAUACCAACAAUUUUUGAGUAUACUUGGAUCAAGAUCCAAUCGAAAUGAAAUAUCGAUGGAUGCGUCACCCACGUCACCAUCUCCUAGCUAUUACUCUCAACAGUUUGUGGAGCAGCAACAAUAUGAUCCCGAACAAAGAAUUAAUAGUAUUCAAGAGUUCAUAUCCAGUGAGGAAACUUAUGUGAAAAAUCUUAUCACGGUUGUCGAUGUGUUUGCUCGUCCCUUAAGAUCAUAUUCACAAGACCGAAUGAACUCGAUUUUGAAGCCUUUCAACUGCACCAAGAUUUUUCUCAAUAUUGAUCAGAUCUUAAGUGUUAACGAAGGAUUUCUUGAAGAUCUUCGUAAGUACCAGAAGAAUCCGGAAGCAGCCUCAUUUGGAGCCAUCUGUGACGCUCAUAUUGCCAACUUUGACUGCUAUACCCGAUAUUUACAUGAACAUCGAGCUGCUGGCGCUCUUCAUACCAAGGAGUACAAGGUUAAUCAAAGCUACCGAAGCUUUUUAAUCAAGGCAAAAGAUCAUCCUGAUGCAAAGCGAAAACAGUUACAAGAUUUGCUGGUCGAACCUGUGCAACGCAUUAGUCGAUACACUAUGCUUCUAAAGGAAAUCAUCAAGAACACGCCUCCAGAGCAUCACGACCACGCCUCUCUCAUAUCUGCAUUGUCAAAAGCGGGAGAAAUUGCCAAUAUGGCGGAUGACAACAGAACUCGGCUGGCCCGCAUGUUUCUCAACCUCUAUAACUCCAUCAAAGGUUCCCCAUGUUCGCUCGUAAAUCAGAGCAGACGCCUUAUACACCAUUCGGCCUUCCUAUUUUGUAUCUGGAUCGGACCUAUGUGGUAUUGAUAACGACAUUACCUCGCCUAACGGUUCUACAUCAUCAUUUUUGGCCAAGAAAGCUGAAAAGACUUUGAAAAGAGACCGAAGCUUGAAGUUUAAAGGAUGGUCAGACAUUGAUCAAGUCGAAC